GUCAUGGCAUAAGAGAGAAAGGGAUGGGAACCGCGCAUCAAGAACAGCAACGAGAACCGCAGUCUGUACAGGAGCCAUGACGCAUGUGCCACCCCUCAUGACCUCAGGGUCCUCAUGUCCACUACCCCCAAUGUGCCUGGCGUCUCUGUCAAGAUCGCACGCACUUGUAAAGGCUGAUGAGUCGAGUUCCGUACCCACAAAUUCGUACGAGGACGUUUCGACGGCGGCGAAGAGCGGCAGCGGCGGCAGCAACAACACCCUCAUCGCCCACAGCGCUGUCGUACACACUGAGCUGGCCGUCUUCGACAUUGGUGCCUUCUCGAUCAUCCGCGGCGGUGCCGUUCUGCGGCCGCCGAUACGCAUGUACGCGACGCAGUCAACGGCCGGCGCCAUGCCCACGGUCAAGAUCGGCGCGUUUGUCUACGUAGGGCCGCAGGUGGUCUGCGAGGCGGCCGAGGUGGGGCAGCUGGUGCGAAUGGAGGAGCAAUGCGUGGUGGCUGCGGGGGCACGGGUGCCGGACGGGGUGUGGUUGCAGCCGAAGACCUACGUGCCUCCCGAGGCGGUGUUGGCCCCCUACACCGUGUACCGCGGCGUUCCUGCGUGUCCGGUGGAGAAGCUGAACGCCAGCGUGUACCAGCUGCAGCACUUGGAGUUUCUACGUCAGCUCCGUAUUCUGGUAAGUGAAGGAAAAAGGCACGACAACUGA